AUGGAAACUCCAUCUUCAGGCACAGCGACCCCGGUCGAUCUGGAGCAAGGUGAUGGUCAAAUUCGCAAACGCCUGACAGUUACCUUCCGUGAUUUGAACGUUCGAGUAACAGCACCAGAUGCAGCCUUAGGAGACACAUUGUGGUCUGAGAUGGACCCGCGCCAACUUGGGGGAUUGCUGAAUCGGAGCAACAGCCCUAAGAGGACAAUUCUAAAAGAUGUCGGAGGCCAGGUAAAGCCAGGGGAAAUGCUUCUUGUGCUGGGACGCCCAGGCUCUGGAUGUACAUCACUCCUUCGAGUUCUCUCUAAUGAUCGCGAUAGCUUCGAUGAAGUCGCCGGUGAAACCCGGUUUGGAAGUAUGGAUCAUACAGAGGCCAAGCAAUUCCGCCAGCAGAUCAUGUUUAACAACGAAGAUGACCUUCACUUCCCGACCCUGACCGUCAACCGUACAAUGAAGUUUGCUCUCCGAAACAAGAUCCCCAACGAGCGGCCGGAAACUUUGAGAAACCGCAAAGAUUUCGUCCAGGACAAACGUGAUAGUAUUCUUGACUCGUUAGGGAUUGGACACACCAAGAAGAGCAUGGUAGGAAAUGAGUUCAUUCGAGGAGUAUCAGGAGGCGAACGUAAACGCGUUUCCCUUGCCGAAGUCCUCGCUGGUCAAAGUCCAGUGCAAAUGUGGGACAACCCAACGCGUGGAUUGGAUUCCAAGUCUGCUCUUGCAUUCGCUAAAAUGCUCCGAUCCGAGGCCGAUCGAAACGACAAGACAAUUAUUACCACUACGUAUCAAGCAGGCAACGGCAUCUAUGAUCAGUUUGACAAGAUUCUUGUACUAGCUGAAGGUCGUGUUACAUACUACGGUCCCCGAUGCACUGCCAGGGAAUAUUUUGAAAAUCUUGGAUUCAUAUGCCCAAAUGGCGCUAAUAUUGCCGACUUUUUGACCUCCGUCACCGUUCUUACUGAGCGUAUUGUCCGACCCGGUUGGGAAGAAAAGGUGCCCAGUACACCCGAAGAUUUCGAAUCCUGCUAUCAGAAUAGUCCCAUCUACAGAGAACAGAUGAAUGCUAUUGUGGAGCCCGACAAAUUGAGUUAUGAAACCGAAGAUCUCAAGCUGGCAGUGUCCAGUGAGAAGAGAAAACAACAUAUUCCGCGAAACAAAAGUGUUUAUACAGCAAAUCUCUGGGACCAGAUUGGCGCAUGCAUUACCAGACAGUUCCAGAUCAUGUGGGGAGACAAAUUCUCCCUUUAUGUGAAGACAAGCGCCUCGAUCUUUCUUCGCCCCGGUGUUUGUUUCUUCCCAGUUUUAUACUUCUUGUUGGAGUCUUUAUCCGAGACAACUGGAUCCUUUAUGGGGCGUCCAAUUCUCUCUCGUCAAAAGCGAUUUGGAUUCUAUCGCCCUACUGCGUUCUGCAUUGCCAAUGCCAUCACAGAUAUUCCGGUCGUCAUGUUCCAAGUUACUUGCUUCUCGCUAAUCCUAUAUUUUAUGGCUGCGCUGCAGAUGAAUGCCGGCAAGUUCUUCACUUUUUGGAUCAUUGUCAUUGUACAGACAUUGUGCUUCAUCCAGCUGUUCCGAGCUGUUGGGGCUGUUUGCAAAACGUUCGGAAAUGCAUCUAAGAUCUCUGGAUUGCUUUCCACUGUCUUCUUUGUCUAUGGAGGAUAUCUCAUUCCAUUCCAAAAGAUGCAUGUCUGGUUCCGUUGGAUCUUUUACCUCAAUCCAGGUGCUUAUGCAUUUGAAGCACUCAUGGCCAACGAAUUCGUUGGGCGUAAGCUCACCUGCAUUGAGCCUGAUUACAUCCCAUACGGUUCCCAAUAUUCCAGCUCAGCCUCUCCCCACCGUGGAUGCUCAGUGCUUGGAAGUGAUGAGAAUGGCAUAAUUGAUGGAGCGAAAUAUAUCAAAGAGCAAUACAGCUACUCUGUCCACCACAUCUGGAGAAGCUUCGGUAUCAUUGUCGGAUUCUGGAUCUUCUUCAUCGUCUUGACUUCUCUCGGGCUCGAGUUGCGUAACAGCAAAAGCGGGUCUUCUGUUCUACUUUACAAGCGCGGCAGUGAGAAGAAAAACAAGGAUGAUGAGGCCAAGAAGUCAAACUCAGCGGAGGAGACAGACGUGGGCGCCCUUCUAGGUUCAGUCAAACAAUCAACGUUCACGUGGAAGGACCUUGAUUACCAUGUUCCUUUCCACGGAGAGAAGAAGCAAUUGCUGAACAAGGUCUUUGGAUUUGUCCAGCCAGGAAAUUUGGUCGCAUUAAUGGGAGCCUCCGGAGCCGGAAAAACAACCCUAUUGGAUGUGCUUGCUCAACGAAAAGACAGUGGAGAGAUCCAUGGAUCCGUUCUCAUCGAUGGUCGACCAGUCGGUAUCAGCUUUCAGCGAACAACGGGCUACUGUGAACAGAUGGAUGUACACCUCGAAACGGCAACCGUUAAGGAGGCAUUAGAGUUCUCCGCCGUUCUUCGCCAGCCAUCUUCUGUCUCUUAUGAAGAAAAGAUUUCAUAUGUUGAGCAUAUAGUUGAUCUUCUUGAAUUGCGGGACAUCAGCGAAGCACUUAUCGGAGUUCCUGGUGCUGGACUCAGCAUUGAGCAGCGCAAGCGAGUCACUUUGGGCGUUGAACUCGUUGCUAAACCAACAUUGUUGUUCUUGGAUGAGCCAACAUCAGGUCUUGAUGGACAAAGUGCUUUCAACAUCGUGCGUUUCCUUCGGAAAUUAGUUGAUGGCGGCCAAGCUGUGCUCUGUACGAUCCAUCAACCAUCCGCAGUUCUGUUUGACGCAUUCGACGGGCUUCUCUUACUGGCAAAGGGCGGGAAAAUGACAUACUUCGGAGAGACUGGCAAAGAUUCAACCAAGAUUUUAGAUUACUUCUCUCGCAAUGGAGCGCCGUGUCCUCCCGAUACCAACCCAGCGGAGCACAUCAUCGACGUUGUUCAAGGAAGUGCCACCGACAAAACAGAUUGGGUCGACGUUUGGAACAAUUCUGAAGAGCGCAAGCAAGCCCUCGCCCAAUUGGAUGCACUGAAUGAAUCGAAAAAGGCCGAAGUGGACUAUGUCGAGGAUACUGCUGACUAUGCGACAUCCCACUGGUUUCAAUUCAAAACAGUCUCCAAGCGCCUCAGCAUUCAUAUUUGGCGGUCACCUGAUUACAUGUGGAACAAAUUUUUCCUGCAUAUUUUCGCCGGACUCUUCAGUGGAUUUACAUUCUGGAAGAUUGGAAGUGGCACAUUCUCUCUUCAAUUGCGACUAUUUGCAAUUUUCAACUUCAUCUUCGUUGCCCCGGGCUGUAUCAAUCAAAUGCAGCCUUUCUUUUUGCAUAGUCGUGACAUUUUCGAGACUCGAGAGAAGAAGUCCAAAACCUACCAUUGGAUGGCUUUCAUUGGGGCGCAGACCAUUACGGAGAUUCCAUACCUCAUUAUCUGUGCUACCUUGUACUUUGCGUGCUGGUACUUCACAGCUGGACUGCCUGUGGAGGCUAGCAUUUCUGGGCAUGUCUAUCUUCAGAUGAUUUUCUACGAAUUCCUAUACACAUCCAUUGGUCAAGCUAUCGCGGCAUAUGCUCCCAACGAGUAUUUUGCAGCCGUUAUGAAUCCUGUUCUGAUCGGUGCCGGUUUGGUCAGCUUUUGUGGCGUGGUAGUACCCUAUGCCUCAAUGCAACCCUUUUGGCGAUACUGGAUUUAUUACUUGGAUCCUUUCAAUUACUUGGUUGGUGGGCUUUUCGGUGAGGUGAUCUGGGAUGUCAAGGUCAAAUGUGAAGCAUCGGAAUUCGUGAAAUUCAGUGCACCUUCUGGUCAAACUUGUGGCCAAUACAUGGCCGACUUUCUGGCGGCCCAAACCGGAUAUCUGCUGGAUGAGAAUUCGACUGGAACAUGUUCAUUCUGUCAAUACUCUCAAGGUGCCGAUUACGCCAAAACAUUCAACCUCAAGGAAAAAUACUACUCGUGGAGAGAUACGGGUAUCACCGCCCUCUUCUGCAUUUCAACAUAUGCCUUGGUCUUUUUGAUGAUGAAACUCAGAAGCAAGAAGACCAAGAGCGCCCGCUCUGAAUGA